CGCGGGCGGGACGGCUUGGCCUACGGGACCCGGUCUCCGCCUUUCCCGAGCGCCGUCGUGCUUGUCUUCGCUCAGGUCCAAGGAAGGGGACGCCACAGCCCCAUAGGCUCCAGACACCGAGGCUGACCUGCCCUCCACCCCGACUCUGUUCUGGGGGCGCAGUGCGGUGUGUGUUCUCGCCUCCCGGGGACCGAGGUCACACGCCGGGCCUGGCCACUGACCCCUGACCCCGCCUCUGUGUGACAUCUGACCUUCCCGGUGGCUUUGUCCCCCGGGAAGUCCCUUGGAGUCUGUCAGUCACUGAGACAAGAGCUCAGGCCCCAGCUCAGUGUCUACUACAGUCCAUGUGAAGGGUGUGUUUUAAAGCCCCGUUAACUUUCAGAUGGGAAGCAAGACAUUAAUUUUUUUUUUUAUUAGGAGAGCUAAUUUUCUCUCGCUCAUCACCAAUUUUUACAUUGCGCUUGUGUGGCGUUUUAUAAGUCAGAAUGCAUGUUACAUUCCGUUUUCAUUUGAUUUCUCAUAAACUGAAAUGCACACCUAGUGGGUUUCCUAAAGAGUGUGUUUAAACAGUUAACUCCCGAAGAGGUUAGAUGCGGAGAGGAAGAGGUUAAAAGGUGGGUUUACCACUAGGUUGACUUAGAUUCCAAAGCCUGAGGUGCCAGACUAAGUUCUGGGAUCUUUCUAAACCAUAUCCAUGUUUGUUUGUUUCUAAAGGACUUUGCAAUUUACCAUAUACUGUAGCUGAGAAUGUUUUUAGUGAUACUGUUUGCAAAAACACUUGACAUAUAAGGAUGAUUUGCUUCAGUAGUGUUUCUAGGAGUGCCUGUGUGGGUUAGAUUCGGAAUUCAUUAGUGAGCAAACCAGGCAUUGUGUUUAUCCAUUCACUCUCCUUUCCCCAGCAGGGAGAGACAGAUGUUUUAAAACAGUUAGAACAACCUGAAGCAGUGUAAGGCAAAAGAAGGGCGUGCACACAGAAUAAAAAGACCUAGUAUAGAUGGGAAGGAACGACAACUCUGAUCCCAAUUUAGUGAAGAAACUCGAGUUAGCUACAUGACAGUUCCAAGCCAAAGGAAUGAUGACCACGUUCAACCAACAUUGCUGGCUUUGUAGUUUACUUUAUUCUGCAGCUUGAAGGUUCAUUUUACUUCAUUGUCUUGACUUAUGCUGCACCUGGAAUGCAGCAUGUGUUUGCAUGUGUUGGUUGAAUAGAUAAUUUAUAGUCAUUUUUUAAAAAAAAUUUUUUUUGAACUCAGCUCAACAUACACAUGGUAGGUACUAAGUAUUUAAAUUACUGAAAAAUUACUUUAGACCUAUAUAUGCUGCAUACAUAAAUCACAAGAGUGCUUCACUUUUAGUUUUGUUUGUUACUGUUUUUAAAGACAGGGUUUCCCUGUGUCUCUGGCUGUCCUGAAACUCACUCUGUAGACCAGGAUGGCAUCAAACUUAAAAAUCCAUCUGCUUCUGCUUCCCAAGUGCUGGGAAUAAAGGCAUGUGCCACUACCACUUAGCAGGAGUGCUUCACUUUAACAGUAAAUCAGGUUCAUAGUAGGAUUACUUCGCUAUCAUCAUGUCUUGGUUUGCUGAUCUUGCUGGAAGAGCCGAAGAUCUUUUAAACCGAGUGGAUCAGGGGGCUGCAACAGCUCUCAGAAAGGAGAAUACCAGCAACAUCUUUUAUAGCAAAAAUACUGACUAUCCUGAACUUCACCAGCAAAACACAGAUUCAACUUACCAGACUGGGCAGAAAGCUAACUAUAUUUCCUCAGCUGCUGAUAACAUCCGACAUCAGAAAGCCACGAUCAUAGCUGGCACAGCAAAUGUGAAAAUCGGAUCCAGGACAGUCGGGGAUGCCUCCCAUCCCACUGAACAUGCAUCUGUCCCUAGGCCUUCGUCCCAGUUUGUUCGAAGGAAAAAAUCAGAGCCUGAUGAUGAGCUGCUAUUUGAUUUUCUUAACAGUUCCCAAAAAGAGCCCACUGGGAGAGUGGAAAUCAAGAAAGAGAAGGGCAAAGCUCCCGUCUUUCCAAGUUCUCAGUCACCAGGUGUCAGUUCUGUCAACACCAGUGUAACCACCAUCAAGGCCAUGGAAGAAAACUCUGAGAGCCAAAGUCCUGACAUGAACAGUUCUGAUUCUGUGCCUGAAGUUCACAAGGAAUCCUCAGAGGAAAGCACAGCGUCAGGUGCUACCAGCAUGGAGCACAACUCUGCACCUAGUGAUGGUAGCAGGUCACACGAGCUGUCCAAUCUCCGACUGGAGAAUCAGUUACUCAGGAAUGAAGUCCAGUCUUUAAAUCAGGAAAUGGCCUCAUUACUUCAGAGAUCCAAAGAAACUCAAGAAGAAUUAAAUAAGGCAAGAGUAAGAGUUGAAAAAUGGAAUGUUGACAAUUCAAAGAGUGAUCGAAUAACUCGGGAACUACGAGCUCAAGUAGAUGACCUCACUGAAGCAGUGGCAGCAAAGGAUUCCCAGUUGGCUGUCCUCAAAGUGAGACUGCAGGAGGCUGACCAGGUGCUGAGUUCCCGCACAGAAGCACUGGAAGCCUUACAGAGUGAAAAGUCACGAAUAAUGCAGGAUCACAAUGAAGGUAGUAGCCUACAGAAUCAAGCUCUGCAAACUCUUCAAGAGAGGCUGCAUGAAGCUGAUGCCACUCUGAAGAGAGAGCAAGAGAGCUACAAACAAAUGCAGAGUGAGUUUGCUGCACGCCUUAACAAAAUGGAAGUGGAACGUCAGAAUUUGGCAGAAGCAGUUACUCUGGCAGAAAGAAAGUACUCUGAGGAGAAGAAGAAGGUUGAUGAACUCCAGCAGCAAGUCAAACUACAUAGGUCAAGCUUGGAGUCGGCUAAGCAGGAGUUAGUUGACUACAAGCAAAAAGCUACACGGAUACUGCAGUCUAAAGAAAAACUGAUCAACAGCUUAAAGGAAGGCUCGAGUUUUGAAGGCCUAGAUAGCAAUACUGCUUGCAGCAUGGAACUAGAAGAACUUCGGCAUGAGAAGGAGAUGCAGAAGGAGGAGCUCCAGAAGCUGAUGGGCCAGAUACAUCAGCUGAGAUCUGAGCUACAGGACAUGGAGGCUCAGCAGGUUAAUGAAGCUGAAUCUGCAAGAGAACAAUUACAAGAUCUGCAAGACCAGAUAGCUAAGCAGAGAGCAUCUAAGCAAGAGCUAGAGACGGAGCUGGACCGAAUGAAACAAGAAUUCCGUUACAUGGAGGAAGAUAUGCAUAGAACAAAGAACACUUUGCAAAGCAGGAUUAAAGAUCGAGAGGAAGAGAUUCAAAAACUGAGGAAUCAGCUUACCAACAAAACCUUAAGCAACAGCAGCCAGUCAGAGCUAGAAAGCCGGCUCCAUCAGCUAACGGAAACACUCAUCCAGAAGCAGACCAUGCUGGAGAGCCUCAGCACAGAAAAGAAUUCCCUGGUCUUCCAGCUGGAGCGCCUCGAGCAGCAGGUGCACUCUGCCUCCACGGGGGCCAGCAGCGGAUCUUCCAUUAACAUGUCUGGAGUUGACAGUGGUGAAGGGACACGCCUGCGAAAUGUUCCUGUUCUUUUUAAUGACACAGAAACUAAUCUGGCAGGGAUGUACGGGAAGGUUCGCAAAGCUGCUAGCUCCAUUGACCAAUUUAGUAUUCGCCUGGGAAUUUUUCUCCGAAGAUACCCCAUAGCACGAGUGUUUGUAAUUAUCUAUAUGGCUUUGCUUCAUCUCUGGGUCAUGAUCGUGCUGCUGACUUACUCACCAGAAAUGCACCAUGACCAACCGUAUGGCAAGUAACAGCCGCUGGUUCCAUGAGUGCCUGCCAUUGUCCAGAGCUGGGAUCUGCAGAAAGAACAAUACUAAGACUGCUAGGAACAGUGCACAAGAUGGUUUCAUCAUGGAAAGCUUUUCAUCUUUUAACUUAUUUCUCUGGUGUCUGACUCUCCCCUAUUCCCAUAAGAGUCUCUAAAUGCAGACAGUAAUUUGACAAAUUAAGCUCGACUUUUUCUGAGUUCAGUUCCCUAGAUAUGUACAGAGAAAGAGAGAAAAGGAGAUUUGGGGGUGUUCACCUCUGUGCAGACCUUUCUAUAUUUUAGGUGACACUGACUAUGGGUUAUAAUCAGGGAAACUAAUUGUAUUUAGUGAUAAAAAUAAAAAGAUUUCUUUUUUAAUAAUUUA